AUGGCUAAAAGUACAAAGUUUAGCUUGAAACUUCUGGUUGAUGAGAAGAGAAACAAAGUUGUGUUGGCUGAGGCAAGUCAAGAUUUUGUGGAUGUGCUCUACGGCCUUUUGACACUCCCUAUGGGGACUAUUGCUAGGUUGCUGGAGAAGCACCAGAAGCUGCCUCAGGUCCUGUGUUGUUACAAGAACCUUAACAAGAGUGUUGCAGAUGUGGUCGUUGAUGAUUUCGAGACCGAGGCUUGCAAGAGCAUGUUGAUGUAUCCAAAGAGUACCAAGGAGAUCCAUUGCAGAAGGCUGAAGCUGAACAUAGAUGAUACUACAGCCACAAAGUUCUUUGUAUGCUCAAAUGUGCAUAGCUGCAAGUCUUACAGCAAUUUUAGCACAUCAAGGUGUAAAUGUGGAUAUUCGAUGGUCCAUCAGGUUCAGGUUCCAGAAGAAGAGCAAUGUGUAGAUGGAUUGUUUGUCAGCUGUCGAUCGUCUUUCAUUAUCACCGAUGAUUUGAAAGUGAGAUUUAACUCUAUUGAUGGCAUUGUCGAAGUUGUUAGUGGCCUAGGAUACUCGUGUUUAAGCGAUUUGCGUGAAAUGCUUGCUGAUGUUGGCUUUGACGAGGUAUUUACCCUGCUGGCAAAUGUAUUCACUUCGGAGUCUCCGUUAACAUGCGCAUUCCUCAGAAAGCAUUGCGUGACAAGAAUGGAUAAACCGUUGUCUCCGGUACUUACAACUGGGAGAGUUGAACAAGCAACACGAUGCUAUGUGAAAGUGUUUGUUCGAAAGUUGGACAGGAAGAUUAUUUAUGCUGAGUGUAGUGAAGACUUUGUUGAUUCUCUUCUCACUUUUCUUGUUUUUCCUCUGGAGUUGGCUGCUUCUUUCUCCAAUGACAAUACCAUUUUGGGAUGUGUCAGGAAUUUGUGUAGAGGUGGGUGUAGAAGAGAGUUGGAUUACCGUAGUCUUCCUCAUUAUUAUACUUGCAGUAAGAAACUGCUUGACAUUCAUAGUUACCCAUCACAAGCAUACGAAUGUAAAGUUUCCCAAUGUUAUCCAUUUCUGUGCGAUUACGAACUUUCCAGGUGGAUUGAUAGAUCUUUGGUUGGGAAAAAUGAAAGAGUUGUUACUGUGAGUCCUAUUGAUCCUAAAAAAUCCAUAUCUGGCACUCCAACGAUAGGGGUAGAUGAUAUUGGGUUUGUGAAGAGACAAACAAAGUUCAUUGUCUCUGAUGAUCUGACUAUCACUCCAAUGAACAAGUUUUCCACCAUUGGCUUGUUAAAGAAGAUGGAGAUUAACAUGAAGGACAUUGAGGCUCAAUCGAUUUGCAUUCACAAAGCAGAGCUCAUCAAUAUUCUAAGCGCAUCCUUGACUUCGUCCUCUGCUUUAACCAAUGGUCUCUCGUACUUGCUUGCAAAGGAGCCAAAGAAAGAAACUUGA